UGUGAUCAGCUUACUCAGGGUUGUAGCCAAUGUAUCUACCUAAAGUCACAAGGCUAUUUGUGUGGCUGGGACACCUUUAGAAGACAAUGUUCCUACAACACAGCAAAAGAGGUUGAUUCCACAAGUUGUCCCUCUCCACACAUCACAAUAAGUCCACUAAAUGGUACCGUUUUUGGAAAUACAUCAUUACACAUUCACGGAACAGAACUUGGAAGCAACAUACAAGAUGUCGGUAUCAAUGUGUCUGGAAACGUGUGUGAUAUCUAUGCUUACAAUUUCUUUCCCAAUCAGUGGAUCAAGUGCUACACCAGGAAUGAGCCAAGAGAAACUAGAGGCGGUGAAGUCAUCCUUACUAGGAAUGGCAAAUUGUCUGAAAACAAACAACUUAUUGACUAUUUUGUUCCAGAAUUGUUUACCAUUAACCCAUUAGUUGGAAUCAUGGCUGGCGGCAGAAUAUUGACAAUAAAAGGAAAGAAUCUACUCAUCAGCAAUCGAGAUCGCAUCAAUGUGCUGCUUUAUAAUCAGGAAGAAGCAUUUUCAUGCAUAAUUGGUGAUGCACUUAUACAGAGGAAUAACAGUGAGAUUGUUUGUAUGCUCGGAGCCUACAGAGGUACAAAACUGCCUUAUCAUUUGACCUCCGUUUCUGUGACCUAUGAUGAUGCCAAAUACAAUAUAACUGGAAACAUGGUUUUUACUUUCGUGGAUAAUCCCAUCAUUAAUAUUGGACGUACACAAGCGUUUAUGGGUGGUGGUGUUGAUAUGAACAUAACAGGAGAGAGAUUCACAGCUGUGUCCAUUCCUAGAAUAGGCCAGGAUCCUUGUACUGUGAUCAAUGACUCUUCAAUGAAAUGUAAUGUACCACAAUACAACCCCUCAAGGAGAAGGAAGCGACGACAAGCAGAUACCUGCCCAUGUUACCAGCACUACACAAUCCAUAUGGACAAUUUUGAAGUUCCGUUCAGUAUAUUAUUUACAGAAAAUCCAACUAUCCUACCAUUUGAAGACACUGUAACCUAUACAGCAGGAAGCUACGUUACCAUCCAGGGUAAGGACCUGCUGAGAGGAGCUGUUGAAUCUGACUAUGAAGUGCUUGUUCAGACAACCCGUUGUGAUGAGGUCAGCAUCAACAUUAAUGGUACACUUAUCACCUUCAAACCACCUGAUUUCUUACAUGAAGGAAAUGAAUACCAAGUCGAGGUGUUGGUUGGAAAUCUUCGACAAAAUGUUGGUGCUAUUUACUAUGAGAAAGACCUGACAAUCAUCAUCAUCUGUGCCGUACUAGGUGCCGUGGUUUUGUCCAUGUUGGUUGUCCUUACCUUCUGUAUGGUCCGUGUACGCAAGAAGAACAGCCAAGUUUCCAAACUCCAGAACGAUAUUGUAGAAAUGGAGAGCAACAUCAGAUCCAAAAGUCGAGAAGUAUUUGCAGACAUGCAGAUGAGCAUGCAGGACAUCAAAGGUGAUUUAGUGACAACUGGAAUCCCAUACUUUAACUAUCAUCACUAUUCGUUCCAUGCCCUGUUCCCGAAGCUGAAAGCCGGAGAGAGUAUUUACUAUCAGUCCAGUGCCAUGUGCCAGAUGGAAGACAUUUCAAUGCUAGCCCCAAAAGGAAUCCUGGCAUUCGAAGAAUUAUUGAAGAACAAAUUCUUCCUUCAGUCUCUAAUCAGAACUAUGGAGCGACAGAACAAUUUUUCUGUUCAAGAGAAGGCAGAAUUUUCAUCACUGCUGACUGUUAUAUUGUUAGGAAAGAUGACCUACAUAUCACAAGUGAUUGAAGAACUGCUGCACAAACUUAUUGCUGGUGCUUCACGUAAACAGUACAAAGUACUGUUUAGGAGGUCAGACUCCAUCACACAGAAGCUGCUAUCUGAUUGGAUGAGCCUAUCAUUGUUUCCUUACCUUAAGGGUGGUGGAGGGCAACAGCUGUUUAUGUUGUACAAGGCCGCACAGACAGUCAUGGAGAAAGGUCCAAUCGAUGCUGUAACUCUCGAAUCCAAAGAGACACUUGCUGAGGAACGUCUACUGAAGAUGGACCUGUCAUACGAGUCCCUGACAUUGGAAGUGGACUUAAAUGGUAAAAAGAGCCAUCGCUACCAGGUCACUGUGCUAGACUGUGACACCAUCACACAGGUCAAGGCCAAAUGUAUGUACAGAAUCUACAAGAACAAGCCAGCUUCAGAGUUACAGUUCACACCUGAGGAGCUCAUUCUCGAGUGGCAUGCUGGGAAGGGCGGUAAACUGGUACUGAAUGACAUAGAUCGGACGAGUAUGAAACGCGAGGGAUACGUGUGUCACAACACUCUCCGUCACUACAAUGUAAAAGAUGGCAGUUGUAUGGCCCUUCUGAUUUCUGACGACCCAGAGGAUCCUGAUGUCUACAUGAAUUCAGAGUCAGUUUCAAUGAAUGACAUGCUGUUGAGUGACCAGAGUGUCACCAGUUACAAAAGCUGGACCGCAGAGAAACAGUGGCAUAUUUCAUUUCCAGAGGAAGAUGAAAAGGAAGGCAGGGGGACUCACAUUCACAUUGAAGAACUGUACCUGAACAGGCUUAUACAAACCAAGUUGAAGCUGGCAGACUACAUAAAUGCAAUCUUUGAGAAUGUGUUGGAUGAUAACCGUGUACCACCAGUGAUCUGCUACUUUUUUAAAAUGUUGGAGGAAAUGGCAAAGGAACAUGGUGUUGACCCAGACAUUGUUACCCACUGGAAAAGUGAAUGUUAUGCGAUGAGGAUUUGGUCGUUAUGGAUCAGCCGUCCAGAUCUCCUGUUUGACAUUGUCCUGGCAAAGCAUGUCAUACCCUGUCUGGAUGUUGUCAGAUCUGUCUUUAGUGAUGUCUUCUCCCAAACCUCUUCCAGACUCACCAAGGAUUCUUCCUCAGCCAAACUUUUGUUUGCCAAUGAUGUUCCAAAGUUCCAGGAGAAGAUGAGAAAGUUUUAUGAGAAACUAAGUGUGAGUUGUGAACCUGUGACAAAACAACAGUUUGAUUCUCUGAUGCAGUCCAUAUCUCAGGAACAGACUCAGGGAAUCAGAGUGAAGAAACUGCCUGCAUUGAAGAAGCUUUUUUCCAUGGUUAAGAAAUAUUCUGAUGAGAUAAUAUCAGACCUGGAUGAAGAGAGAGAAACCAAAGAUCUAGAACUAGGGGAGAAGUUUGAUAGUGUUAUUCAACAAAUGGACAUGGUGUGACCACAAGUGUAUGAUAAAAAGAAAUGUGAACAUGAAAAUGAAUGCCCUUAAGAGCUUAUAUUCUAUAGAUAAUAUGUGAUGAAUUUAUAGAUUGUUGCAAGCAUGCAUAGAAAUCUGAUACUGAGUAACAUCACUGGUAA